AUGGCCCGCCGUGGAUAUGCCACCAUGACAAACGAUAUCUAUGAUGUAGUGUGCGUGGGUGGUGGCCCAGCAGGCCUUUCGCUACUCGCAGCACUCCUGACUUCGAACCUCCGCGUGGCCCUCAUCGAAGCCCAAGAUCUGACCAAAUCUUCCGUCCUCUCACUCCCGCCGUCCAAAUUCUCCAACCGUUGCUCCUCGCUUACACCCUCUUCCGCGCAAUUUCUCAACAGCAUUGGCGCGUGGUCGCAUUUGCAACGCGACAGGAUACAAGCUUAUCAUGAGAUGCAGGUCUGGGAUGGCGUCACUGGGGCGAGGAUCGAGUUCGACUGGCCCACGCAGGGGACCGAGAAGACAAUCGCAUACAUGACGGAGAAUCUCAACCUGACGAGUGGACUUCUGGGGCGGAUACGUGAGUUAGGCGGCGUGGAUAUUUUCGAAAGCUCAAAGGUCGAGCAGAUCCAGCUGGGCGAGGAAACGGAAGAGAUGGAUCUAAGGUCGUGGCCUGUGGUACAGCUCUCCAACGGCAAGACCUUGGCAGCCCGACUUCUCGUGGGUGCAGACGGAGCAAACAGCCCCGUGCGAUCUUUUGCUGGGAUCGAGAGCCGGGGAUGGGACUAUGGCCGCCAUGGCGUCGUGGCGACGCUGGCACUGGAAGGGGAGGGAUGGGGAGGAGAAUACAGCAAGACGGCCUACCAGCGCUUCCUUCCGACAGGUCCCGUCGCCAUGCUGCCGAUGCCUGGGAACUUUGCGACCUUGGUUUGGUCGACGACACCGGCCAAUGCCGCGCUGCUGAAGCGGCUUGCACCAAAAGACUUUAUCGCCGCUGUCAACGCGGCUUUCCGGUUGAGUCCCGUCGACCUUGCGUACAUGCACAGCCAGAACGAAGGCCAGGAUGAGGAGUACCAAUGGAGGAUGCAGCACACGCAGACGAACCCCCGGAUGCUUCCUCAGGCCGUGGUCGGCGUCCAGGAGGGCACAGUCGCCUCGUUCCCUCUCAAGUUCCGCCAUGCGGACACGUACAUUGGCGAGCGUGUGGCUCUGGUUGGUGACGCAGCGCACACCAUCCACCCACUGGCUGGUCAGGGCCUGAACCAAGGCCAGGCUGAUGUGCAGAGCCUAGUGGGAGCCAUCGAGUACGCUGUCUCGCACGGCCAGGAUCUGGGCACCCAGAUGUGGCUCGAGUCCUACAACUCGGAGCGGUAUGCCGCGAAUCAUGUUCUGAUGGGUGUUUGUGACAAACUGCACAAGCUCUACUCUGUGGAAAGCGGUCCCCUUGUUCCCCUGAGAUCAAUGGGGCUCAAGGCUGUGAAUGCAUUGGGACCCCUGAAAGGCUUUCUCAUGGCGCAGGCGUCUGGGUCGGGAGCCAAGGUCAUCUAG